AUGAGUGUGCUACAAGAUCUCAGUAUCAACACUGAAAAUCGCGACAAGUUGCCUGUAAAUAGUUAUAACAGCAUUGUAUAUCUUUCAAAUCUUUCAAAUCUUUCAAAACAGCCUCGUUUUUCAGAAAUAUCAAAACCUAGUCUAACAAACAAGCUUGAAUCACUACUACCAAAAGAAGAAACAUCGAUACCUUCAUCAAACAAGUAUCCUGGGAAAAUGGCUGAAUUAACUCCAAAAACAAGACCCCGCACGCAUGUUAAAGAAAAGCCUGAAAACCUUUUUUUAAUUGCACCGACGGAAGAAGAAAAGCCUAUCCAUGAUUCCUGUCGCAUAAGAUUUAAAGAAAACUUUGAUUUUCCGUGUGAUGGCAGCAGAAGUAACAGUAGUAGUAGCAGUAGUAGCAGCAGUAGCAGCAGUAUACGUUCCUUGAUGAAGGAAAAAACACCCUCUCCCCCAUCUGGAAAGUAUAAUCAAAAGUACCUUAUUUUAAACUCUACUAGCCCCUCUUCUAUCAGCGAAACAAGUAGUGUCAUCAACAAUAUCGCCAAUUACAGUCCUCUUGAUCUCAAGGUUCGAGCAGCGCAUGGAACUUUACAAAAUAACCUUUAUGGAGGGGAAAGUGGGGCGGCUUUACUAGAAAACGUGCGUACCCCAAUAGAAGAAAGAAGUCCUGAUAAUGACAAAAGAUCAAAAAUCUAUUCUCAAUCUCAAUCUCAAGUUUCUCCCAUUAAAAUGGGUGAUAUUCUUCCUCCAAAUAUCAUUCUAAGCACCCGCGAUAAUUCUUUUGACGACAGUGAUGACACUUUUGAAGAUACUCCGAUUGUCUUUGUAAGUUCGCAAAAGCAUCCACCUAGUAAUAGUACCUUUUUGUUCCCCUCAUUCGAAUCUGAUAACAAUCUUGGAAUGUAUGCUCCAGAGUCGUCGUCAUCAUCAUCAUCAUCAUUAUCAUCUCGAACAGGACUACCUCCACCCUCUGCAUCUCCAAGAAGUUCUGACUGUUCUCUAAGCAGUCUGAAAAUUCUUGAAACUAUUCCAGAAGAAGACCAAAUUUUUGACUCGCCGCAACUAGACGGAGUUUCUUCCAGUUUAGAGUUUGUUGAUAAAAACAAGUCGUCGAGUCAUGAAUCUUUGAUGGACAAAAUCUUCACUUCAGAUGAUAAUGAAAAUCCUGGGGCUGAAACACCAGAGUCUGAGGUUUCUUCUAUAAAUUCCACCGAUGAAAAACAAGCUGUUUUUUGUGGCCCAAAUCAAAGUUUGGCCUUUUCAAAUAAAAAUAAUGAUGAUGAAGAUGAAGAUGAAGAUAAAGAUAAAGAUGAAGAAAAAAAAGAAGAAAAAGAUUUCUGCUUUAAUACCAAUAUUUUUUUUGAAUCUUCCGAAAAUCCCACCAAUCCGAACCAAUCAAAAACUGCUGGUAAUGAUCUUUCAAAAAAUAAUUCCGGGUCUUUUUUCCAAAGCAUGCCACCUUUUGAAUCAUCUUUGAGUCCAGGAUCAUCAUUUUCCGUUAAGGAACAAAAACCUUUUGAGAACCACCAAUCUCUUUUCCCCUCAAAGUCUGCAACUGUCAUUAAAUCCAUUUUAAAAAACGGGGGGUCUCCCAAAGCAUCGUCAUCAUUAUCAUCAUCAUCAUCAUCAAACCAAUCUUUUAAUCAAAUUGUGGCUCCUAUAACAAAUGCAUCUACAAUUAAACCAUCAACGUCACCUCCAUUAUGUUCAGCUUUAGAAAAUAACGAGGAUAAUAGAAGAGCCCCAUCUUCUUCAUCUUCAACUUUUUCUCUAUCCACAUCAUCUCCAAAAACUCUAGGUAUUGAUUCUUUUGCCAUUCUAUUACUUGGAAUCGUCACUUCACUUUCUUUACCAACAGUUUUCCAGCAUUAUAAUCAUUCUGAUUUUCUUAUUGAUGUGGCCACAGUCGCAGCACUUAUACUGAUGGACCAUUUAACAAAACGUGGUGUAUGGAGCUUUUAUCGUGUUUCUCUCAAGUUCAAACGGAAACAAAAUUUAAAACUUUUGAAGGAGCAGUAUCGUUUUUCUGAAUUUUCUUCUUCUUCAAGACGCGGGACGUCUCAGGAAAAAACUAGAAAAACGAAAAAUUCCAAAAGGCAAAAACAACCUCAAAAGGCAGCAAGCAGAAGCCGGCUUUUGUGGUACAAUAUUGUGCAUACGGUAUAUUUUUUCAACAGUGUAGCAGUAGGUGCAAUUGCAGUAUUUUCUCCUCUAUUUAUGGGUAACAUGAUGAUGAUGGCUCAAGAUAAGCUGAUGAAUUACGGUAAUGCAUUGAUGAGUGACACCUUUAUUGCUAUUUACGUUGUUUACGAGAUCAUUCAAGGAAUUGCAAACCUUGCUCAGCUGGAGAUUGAAAACAGUUUAGAUGAAGAAAGGGGUAGUGAGAAACAUGGAAAUCCAAAGCAGCAGCAAAAGUCGCAUGGAAAUCGAAAGGGAUCGAUACUUUACAUUGAAGAUAUCGAUGUACUAAAAAGUGACAGCGACUCUCAAUCUCAAAGUGAAGAAGAAGAAGAAGAAGGUGUUGACAGAGGUGUGAAACUUGGCGAAUCAAUCUCCCAGCUUGAUCAUAGUCUUAAGGAAAUUUCAAGACGGCUAAUUUCCAAUGAAAAUGCAUGGGAAAAUGAGAUUGAUAGUCUUUGGAAGCAUCAAACUGCAACGCUGAAGAGUGUGAAAUCAUUGACAGCAUCCAAAAAACAUGAAGAUGAAGUACAUGCUCAGAUACAGCAACAAUUAAGUGUUUUGCAGCAACAGCAACAAGAAUUGCUACAUCGAUUGCAGGAAUAUUCUCAAAGAAGGGGGAGUGAGGGGGAUGAUGAAAAAUCUUGGAGUCCGAUAGCAAGCAGUACCAGUAAAGAAAAGAGGAGUAAAUACUCUGACAAGAGUAGCAAGUAUUUGGUGAUUGAAAAUAGUGACAUGAACCGUGGUUUUCCUAACGGCAAAGUUGCUGUGGGAGCUGCUGCUGCUACUGCUACUGCGGCUGCGGCUGCGGCUUCUAGUGUCACUGGUGGUGGGAUUAAAUCUAACUCAGUACUUGCUUUGAAUAAAUCCACCAACUUUGCCGGUCUUGAUAACGGGGGUGGAAAUGAUGGAGACAAGAAGUUUCACAAAGGUCUGGUUCAAACGAGUUUGACGAAAAACAUUCAGUCAAAGAAGAAACUUGCAGCUGCCGCUAUUGCAGCUACUGCGGCUGCAGCCUCGCGAAUGACAGAUGCAACGGCUGGUGGGGCUGGUUCCUCCACAAAAUCAUUGCCGCAGCUUGGUGCGUCAACAACCAACGGUCAUGAAGGUCGGAAAUACAUGAAUAAGAUUUUCAAUCUUGGAGAAGGCAUAGCUGGAGGUGAAGGAGCAUUUUUCUUGCCAAACGAGGCUCCACGACGUGCUGAAGGUGCAACUACAAGCAAUAUUGUCACUAUGGCAGCCGUUCCUGUGUCUGGAACUGCUAGUGGUAGUGGUAGUGGCAGCAGCAAUGAUAGUACGCUUGUUAGUGGGACUACGAUAAGUACGCCAAUUCCUGUUGAGUUUGGAAGAAACGGGUUUAGAGGUAAUGAAAAUGGUGGUUCUGUAAGAUAUGCACUUGUUUCUCAAGAGUGGAAAAAAGGUUCACCUCCAAUGGAACCACCACCUCAACGGUCGCGUUUCCGUUUGAUGUUACGAGUGGUGGUGUUACUGUUAUUUUGGCCAUGGAUUGUGGCGUUUCAUGCCAUGUUACUUCCAUAUCGAAUUAGUUACUGGAUUUUGCGUGUUUCACAUCAGAUUGCAGUGAAUUUAAGGGAUGAAGUUAAUGAGAGAUUAACUAAGAUUUUAACUUAG